CCCAAGAGAAAAUCACAGACGCAGAUUUUCUCUCUAUCCAAAACACUCGAACCCCUCUUUCUCUGUAGGAUUUUAUUUACAUGCUCCCCAAAAUCGUGCGGUUACUGCGAUUUCCCGGCAGUUAUUCCUCUAUGGGACCGUUGGAAAGGUACGCUUUUAAUUAUUUGAGAUCUUGAGAGCCUCUCGAUAAUUGGGGUUUCUGUUUAGCUUUAGUUGCUAGUCGGUUACUAUGCUCUCUGUAAUGGACAACGAUUGUGAUUUCGAGAGGAAGAAAUCGGAUGCAGUCGAAGAAGCUAGUAGGGUUCCGGGGGAUGGUGUUGAUAGCGCUAAUGAAGUUACGGUUUCAUCAUUGGGUCUCGAAUCGAGAGCUCGAGAGAGUGAAGGAGACCGUAUGGUCUUGAGUAACGAAAGAUCUGAGGAUGCUAAGGUUAGAGCUAGGGUUUCUGAGGAUAUUGAUGGUGGUGUAGAUAAGGAAAUGAGAGUUAGGGUUUUUGAACCAAAAGAUGGAGUUCGUUUCGACCCACUGGUUGAUGAGUUUGAUGGUGGCGAUGAUGCGUCUGAUUCGGAGACUGGUGUAUCUGGUAGUGUUGAUAGUAUGGGAGACAUGUAUAAGUCUUUCUUGUCGGAGUUUGAUGAUUAUGUAGCAAGUGAGGAAAAUGGAUCAACGCUGGGUACUUCCCGCGCAUUGAAGUAUGGAUUUGAAGUGGGUGAUAUGGUGUGGGGCAAGGUGAAAUCCCACCCAUGGUGGCCAGGGCAUAUAUUCAAUGAGGCAUUUGCAUCACCUUCUGUCCGUCGGAUGAGGAGAAAUGGUCAUGUGCUGGUGGCCUUCUUUGGGGAUAGUAGCUAUGGUUGGUUUGACCCAUCCGAGCUUAUCCCUUUCGACCAUAAUUUUGCAGAUAAAUCCCAGCAAACGACAGCCAGGAAUUUCAUUAACGCUGUAGAGGAAGCAAUGGAUGAGGCUAGUAGGAGGCCUGGUCUUGGCUUGGCAUGUAGAUGUAGGAACCCAUAUAACUUUCGGCCCACUAAUGUGCAGGGUUACUUUGCAGUGGAUGUUCCAGAUUAUGAGCGUAAUGUGAUAUAUUCAGUGAAUCAGAUUAGCAAGGCGAGAGAUGGUUUUCAGCCGAGUGCGAUUCUUUCAUUUGUGAAACAAUUGGCAUUGGCACCUGUAGAAAGUGAGCUGAUGAACCUUGAAUUUGUAAAUAAUAAGGCUACAGUUUCUUUCUUGCGCAAGGCUGUGUUUGAAGAGUUUGAUGAGACAUAUGCACAGGCAUUUGGAGUGCAACCAACACACCCAUCUCAUGAAAAUGUGGUUUUGCCAGAUAGGGAGCCUACCCGAGCUCCUUUAAGUGGUCCACUAGUGAUUGCGGAAGCACUAAGUGGUGGGAAGAGCUCCAAAAAGCCUUUGAAAGUCAAGGACCAUUCUAAAAAAGAUGGGGGGUACCUCUUCAAGAAGAGAUAUGAACCGAGUGACGCAACAGCCAUUCAAGUUAGCCCAGGGCAAACAAGCUCCCUGGCAUCUGCUGCUUACAUGGGGGGACCCUUAGCAUUAGAAGCAGGAGAUUAUGUGUUACAGAAGAGGGCUGCUUCAGCACAUUAUCUUCUGGCAAAAGAUAAGCAAUCAGAUUUGCUGUCAGGCAGGGAUGGUGCAGGUUUGAGAGGAGAUUUGUCUGGUAAGGAUGUGCAAAAUAUUAAUCUCGCUUCUUCACAUAGCAGUGCACUUGCCAGACAAGUUACUGAUGAUGUGAAGCCGCCAUAUCUUAAUAAGGAGAAGGUUCUUUAUCGAGAGAUGAGUGAGAUAAGCACAGGUUUUACUGAUUUUUCGGGGAAAGGAGUGUUGCCAGGUUUAUUUGAUGGUACAUCACCAUCUUUUCAGCAAGGGGAGACUAUGCCUGACCUCAACUAUGAACAGGAUGUGAAAAUAUCCCAAUCAAAUGAAGGCUUUCAGCCAAGUGGAUUAAGUUUUUCGGCAACCCCAGAAGGAAAUUAUGGACUGGUUCAGAUUCAGGAUGAUCACACUGGUGAGAAUCCUUCGACUGAUGCGAAGCAUUCUGGUAAAGUAAAUGAUAAUGUUAAGAUGAAGAAGCCCAAAGUUCUUAAACGACCAUUGGGAGAGUUGAGCACUGACAACUCUACUACGGGGGAGAAAAAGAAGAAGAAAAAGAAAGUUUCUGGCUCAAAAACAGUCCCUCAUCGUCCGCUGAAGCAUAUAACAUCUGGCACAGGUGCGGGGGGCAAUUUGGCUAGAAAAUCCAGCCAUGUUAGUAUGGUUCAUAAGGAGGAUUCUUGGGUGAAUGUUCAGAGGAAAGUUGGUGGUGCCGGUAAUUCCAUGGUUAAUUCUGUUGAUGCAUCAACAAUGGCUGGUAUAGGAAUUAAUCAGCUCAAGCUUCCACAACUUCUCAAAGAUUUGCGUGGCCUUGCUCUUGACCCCUUUCAUGGUUCGGAGAGGAAUAGCUCUAGAACAAUACAACAAUUUUUUUUGCAAUUUCGGGCCCUUUAUUACCAGAAAAGCUUGGUUCUGUCACCGCCAAUAGAUUAUGAGCCUCUUGAGGUUAGUGCAACAAAAUCUUCCUCUGGUGUUGGUGUUUCUGAUAUUUCUUCUGGUAUUCUCACCAGAAAGUUAUUACCUUCAAAGCCUGUGAAACCCAACAAUAGACCAGAGGAUCCAACGAAAUCUGGGCGAAAGCGUCUUCCAUCUGAUCGUCAAGAAGAUAUUGCUGCAAAGAGACUGAAGAAGAUCAAUCAUUUGAAAUCAUUGACUGCAGAGAAGAAGACUGCUCAGAAGCCUGUAGAAGGCCAUCGAUUAGAGGGAAAACAGCAAGCGAUCAUCACCCCAACAAGGCCUAUCAAAGCGAAUACUGUCAUAAGGAAAAUGGUGCCUCCAGCUAGGGCUGUUGAGCCUACAAUGUUAGUGAUGAAAUUCCCUCCUGAGACAUCACUUCCAUCUCCUGCAGAGCUUAAGGCAAGGUUUGGUCGUUUUGGCUCGAUAGAUCAGGAUGCUAUGCGAGUGUUUUGGAGAUCCUUCACUUGUCGUGUUGUGUUCCGGCAUAAGCUUGAUGCUCUGGCUGCAUAUAAAUAUGCUGUUGGAAACAAGUCCUUAUUUGGCAAUGUGAGUGUGAGGUACCAACUACGGGAAGUGGGAGGUUCUGCUCCUGAAGUGUCCGGAUCUGACAAGGGCAGAGGUGACGAUACUCCAGUGGAUACUUCGCAAUACAAAGAUCCAAUGUCCGAGCGACCAACACCAGCACUUGCGCAGCUGCCUCUUCCACAGCCAAAUAUCCAGCUCAAGUCCUGUUUGAAGAGAUCAAAUGGAGAUGAAACGAGCCAGGGAACGGGUGGUAACGGUAAUGGUGGUAGAGCGACGGCCCGCGUAAAAUUCAUGUUGGGUGGGGAAGAAACUAGUAUGGUUGCUAAUAGAAACAACUUCAACAACAAUAAUACUAGUUUCGCUGAUGCUGGUGCUUCUGGUUCAAUGGAUUUUAAUAGUAAGAACAACGUUCACAAGGCAAUUCCUUCUUCUGCAUCAUCAUCAUCAUCUUCCAUGCUUCCCUUUCCACCACAAUUUUCAAAAGCUCCUCUUAAUAAUUUUCAUCAUACAGAAGUAGUAGCACCCAUAAACUCUCACAAUCUUAAUACUUGUCCUGUUGCGCCUGCUGUGGCCGGCAUAGAUAUAUCACAACAGAUGCUAUGCCUUAUGACAAGAUGUAGUGAUGUUGUUGAUAGUCUGACUGGCCUGCUAGGAUUUGUACCAUACCAUCCCCUAUGAUGAUUCAUCACAAGGGAAUUACGGCAAAAACUGUGUUUAGAGCUGCCCAAAUGCCCUGAAAGCCUUGCAGCUGAUGGAAUGGAGGGAAGGAAGUGGACUUCAAUGAGAGUCCAAAUGUACUGAGACAUUAUUAGUGUCAUCUCGUCUUUUAAUUCUUUGUGUUUUUUUGUCUGUCUAUUGAAUUUUGGAUGGCUUGGCUUGGGCCUCUGCUCUCGCUCCUCUACAUAUUUGGCAAACUGCCGUCGCGUUUUUUAUAUGCAUUUGAUGGCACUCAUGAUGCAAUUCUGCGUGAAAUACAUGGCGUAUUGAGCUCGUGAUGGUUUGAUG